GCGCUCGGCGGCUCGCGGUACUUCUCGGAGGCGCAGGCGACGGCGCCCGACCUCGGCAGGCAGCUGCCGCCCGAGGCGGCCGAGCUGCGCUGCAUGGUGCCCACGCCCGCGCUCCGCGCGCCCUUCUCCCUGGACGAGCCGGGCGCCCGGCGCCUGGCGGUGACCCUCUCGCUGGCGGGCCCCGGCGAGAGCGGCGCGCCCCGGGGCGCCACGGCCGCGGCCGGGAGCCUGUCGCUGGUGCUGCUGCCGCGGGCCGUGCGGGAGCUGGACUUCCUCGCCUCGCCCCCCGAGCUGGCGGUGGGCGCCCGCACGCAGGUCGAGGUCUCCGGGGCGCUGCCUCUGGGGUCCUCCGCGCGCCUGCAGGGCGCCGGCCUGCCGAUGCUGAACGCCACGAGGUGGACGUGCGAUUUCGAGACGGUGCGGGUGCGGCCCGCCGGCGGCGCCGCGGAGCUCCUGGGCGGGGCGGUGCUCCGCGUCCGCAGCCCGCCGCGGCCGCCCCCGCUCACGGGCGCCGGGGGCCUGCCGGAGCUCCGCCCGGGCCCGCCAGGGCACACGCUGCUGUCGGCGAGCUGGGCGCGGUCCGCGGUGGUCUCCGGGCGCGGCCACGUCUGCGCCGCGCGCGUGGCGGGCCGCUCCUACGUCUCCGAGUGGCUGCCCGAGGGCGCCACGGACUGCGCGGUGCUGCUGCCGCGGUGGGAGCGCGUGGCCGCCGCGGGGACGGUGAGCUUCGGGCUCGCCGUGAACGGCGAUGCGUCGACACUGGAGGGCGCCAUGCAGUGGCUCGACUUCGAGCCGCGGCCCUUCCCGGAUGUUCUGCACGCCUCGCCGCAGGUCAUCGCCCACCCUCGCCUGGCGUGGCGCAGUCUCGGCACCGCCCCUUCGUGGAGGCCGUCCCGAGUGCACCUGGUGGGCCACGGGCUGCUGCCGCCGCUGCCCGCCCAGGCCUACGACUGCGUGUUCGCCUCCCCGUGGGUCAAGGCCUGGGUGGUGCCGGCCGAGUGGCUCUCGUCAGGGCUUGCGCUGUGCGGCAGGACCCCCACUGCCCACGAGCUGGGCGGCGCGGGGAUCGUCAACUUCACGGCGGCGGUGCGGCUGCGCGUGGGAGGCGGCGGCGUGGCCAGCACGCAGGUGGCGCUCUACUACACCGACAGCCUGCUGGAGACGCAGGCGACAGCCUCGCCGGCGUGGGCCUUCUCGGACGAGGGCGCCGAGCUCACGAUCACGGCGGUGCCGGGCGCGGCGUUCCGGCUCGGCCGCCGCCACCGCGCCGCAGCUGUGUGUCUUUUCGGCGGCGGACGGGGCGCAGCGCCGGUAGUGUACCUCACGGAGACGCGGGCGCGCUGCCGGGUGCCCCCGAACGUUCGCGCGGGCCGGACCGAGCUCACCAUCGCUUCCGGCGAGGACGACCUGGUGGCCCCUGUCCCGGUCGUGCUCCACCCGCGCUUCGGGGUGCAGGCAGACCCAGCAGUCGUGAUCGGGGAGGUGGGCCACACGAUCGUCCUCAGCGCCGCGGGCGGCGCGGCGGUGGAGUGCCCGGGUGUGGUGCUGCCCUCGGGCCCGUCGGGCGCUGCGUAA